GACGCAACUGCGUCGAGCACUUCCGGAGCUGCGGGGACGGAUCCUCCAAAGGAAGCAGCGCAGGCCCCACCGGCGUUGGCCCGCCGCCUUCGCCGUCGCUGCACACCAAUCCGACCCCUGUGGCCCAAUCUGAUCGGGUCUGGCCUGUCCGGCCUCUGCGGCCUCGGGGCCGCGGCUCCCGAUGGAAAUCCUAUGACAGCAUAUUUGGGUGACAACUGCAUGAAAGAUCUUCAAGAAUUACAGAAGACAAAAACACUAAUGCAUUUGAGAAAGCGGUAAAGUUUGGGGGGAGGGGGAAAAAGCAACUGCUUUCCCGAUCUACAACUUGGCUGGAUGCUAAGAUGUCCGUGGACAUGAAUAGCCAGGGGUCUGACAGCAAUGAAGAAGACUAUGACCCAAAUUGUGAGGAAGAGGAAGAGGAAGAGGACCCUGGGGACAUAGAGGACUAUUAUGUGGGAGUAGCCAGUGAUGUGGAGCAGCAGGGCGCUGAUGCCUUUGAUCCUGAGGAAUACCAGUUCACCUGCUUGACCUACAAGGAGUCUGAAGGUGCCCUUAACGAACACAUGACCAGCUUAGCCUCUGUCCUAAAGGUAUCCCAUUCAGUUGCUAAACUUAUAUUAGUUAAUUUCCACUGGCAAGUCUCAGAGAUCUUGGACAGAUACAAAUCCAAUUCUGCUCAACUGCUUGUUGAGGCUCAAGUCCAGCCUAAUCCAUCAAAACAUGUUCCCACAGCCCAUCCCCCUCACCAUUGUGCAGUGUGUAUGCAGUUUGUGCGGAAGGAAAACCUACUCUCUCUGGCCUGUCAGCACCAGUUUUGCCGCAGCUGCUGGGAGCAGCACUGCUCAGUACUUGUCAAGGAUGGCGUGGGUGUGGGAGUCUCCUGUAUGGCUCAGGACUGUCCACUCCGUACACCAGAGGACUUUGUGUUUCCGUUGCUUCCCAAUGAAGAAUUGAGAGACAAAUACAGGCGCUACCUCUUUAGGGACUAUGUGGAGAGUCAUUACCAGCUCCAGCUGUGCCCUGGUGCAGACUGCCCCAUGGUUAUUCGGGUACAGGAGCCUAGAGCUCGCCGAGUGCAGUGCAAUCGGUGCAACGAGGUCUUCUGUUUCAAGUGUCGUCAGAUGUACCAUGCCCCAACAGACUGCGCCACGAUCCGGAAAUGGCUCACGAAGUGUGCAGACGACUCUGAAACGGCCAACUACAUUAGUGCCCACACUAAAGACUGUCCCAAGUGCAACAUCUGCAUUGAGAAGAAUGGAGGCUGCAAUCACAUGCAAUGCUCCAAGUGUAAACACGACUUCUGUUGGAUGUGUCUAGGAGACUGGAAGACUCAUGGCAGUGAAUACUACGAGUGUAGUCGGUACAAGGAGAAUCCUGACAUUGUCAACCAGAGCCAGCAAGCCCAGGCCAGGGAGGCCCUCAAGAAGUACUUGUUCUACUUUGAGAGGUGGGAAAACCACAACAAAAGCUUGCAGCUAGAGGCACAAACAUACCAGCGGAUUCACGAGAAGAUUCAGGAAAGGGUCAUGAAUAAUCUGGGGACAUGGAUUGACUGGCAGUACCUACAGAAUGCUGCGAAGCUCUUGGCCAAGUGUCGAUACACCCUGCAAUACACUUACCCAUAUGCAUACUACAUGGAGUCUGGACCCAGGAAGAAGCUGGCCCUGCCCCGGCUACAGCCCCUUCUCCUUUUGACCCUCCUGCUCUACCCAUACAGUUUGAAUACCAGCAGGCUCAGCUGGAGGCUGAGAUUGAAAACCUCUCAUGGAAAGUGGAGCGUGCAGACAGCUAUGACAGAGGGGAUUUGGAGAACCAGAUGCAUAUAGCGGAACAGCGGAGGAGAACCCUGCUGAAGGAUUUCCAUGACACCUAAGUUGGGACAUGGAUGUGCCAGGGUGAGGAAGAUGUGGCUGUGAGGUCUUCUGGCUGCGAUACUGCAUGCUGCAGGCUCUGCCUUUCAUGACCCCAGGCGACAGCCAGGGCCCCACUCCUGAGAGACACUGGCAACACACUUCUUAGUCAAUUUCUGUUUUCUUCUCAUCUUUUUGCUUUUUGUUUCUACCAGGGUAGAGGCUAUGUUGAAUUGGCAUCUUUUCAGGACUUUUAAUACUCCCUGGAUGGUUGUUGGGAGGGAGGAAAAGUUUUUUCCAAAUCGCUAUUAAUAGUAUUAGAUCAUUACAACUUAUGUAAUUUUAAAGGUUGUACAACUAUAUAAAAAACAAAGGCAAACAAACCAUAGGAUAACACAGAGCCCUUUUAAAAAAUAAAUUGGCAUUGGAGUGUUUUACCCUCUAGCUACUUUACUUAGAAUGUAACAUAUGCUGCCCACCCAUCCUGCCUCAGAAUGUCUGUACUGCAAGAGGGCCCCAGGGUGGCCUCUGCUUUUCAGCUUCACAUGUUUGACCACACGUGGAGUCCCAACGAAAGAGCAAGGUGGCAGAUGGUGGGGAAUUGAGUUGGUCUGUGUAAUGGGCGUGGAGCACAGGGAGUCACAUCAUGCCUUCUGCCUUACCUUGGCACUAAGGAGACAGUACAGAAGAGGGUCUUCUUGCUAAGAGGUGUCAUUGUCUCUGGUGGCACUGUGUGUCUGUGGGCUCAUCUUUAUUCUUGAAAGUGAGGUUUACCUGGGCUAGAGCCCACAGCAAAACAUAGAUGGGCUUGUGGCCCUCCAGACUAGGGGUUCAGCAUGGUGUUUCCUUUUGUCUCCUAAAGAUAGAGAUCCACUUUUGAAGGGAAUUGUUCCUCCAAAUAAAUUUGUUUUACCUUGGUCCCUUCUUUUUUGCCAGUAUUCAAGUGGUGUAACUCUGACCAGGGUCACAUGUGACCAUACCCGACACUGUCUUGCUGCACCGUCUUCUGGUGAACAUCAGGGUGGGAAUUCAACAUGGCCCUCCCAAGGGCACUGGCCUUCCUGGCUCAGAGGCCAGGUUUGCACAGGUUGUUUUCAUGUUGCCUGGAGCAUGUCCAACAGCUGCUUUGGGGUGGGUUGUGCUCCCCCUUACCUGGUUCCAGCUGUCAGAUGACACCACCUCUAUGGUCUGGGAGUCUAAAGCCAGGAGAGUCCUUGGUUUGCGGUCCCAGCUUCUGUACUAGGAGGGGCUGGCCAGAGGAAAGGACCAGCUUUUGGACAGCUGAGUGCAGGGAGCAAGUGGUUUGCUUGGUGUCCUACCUGUCCUGAACCUGAACCUGUGAUCUCUGGGCUUCCUGUGGCUUUGCUCAGUGCCUCCACUCUGAGAUGAACAGACUGCCCAUACUCAACAGGGCUUCCUUGACCUUCUGGGAUAACUGACAGGGAAAUCUGUGACUGUUGUGGAAAUUAUUUGAUAUUCAGACAUUUUCACCCCCCGUCAGCGAUUUCCCAGGUACCAUAUAAGCUGUAAAACAGUAAUUCUUGAAGACAGAGGAAAUCUGUGACUGUUGGGGUCAUGGGGUACAUGUCUGGCUGCAGGUUCCCUUUCUCUCCCCUCAGGUUUUGUCUCUUCCUGUUGUCCCCAGCGAGGGAGGGGCUGUGGGGUAGACUGGGAGGACAAGUUAGGAGUGAGUGUAGCAAAUGAACCCAGAAUGGAACAGUAGGGGAGCUAACUGUGAAUGAGGAGAGUGCCUGCUGCUAGACCUAGGGGUGAGCUGUGAAUGCUGUGUUAGCAUAUGGACUGGCAUCUAAGCAUCUGGAGCCUUUAUCUCUCCAUUGAGUCUUUUCUGUGGCACCACCAUGGCACAAGACCUGAGCUGCAGCUCUGCACUAUAUGUCACACCCUGGGCAUUUUUUUGACUGCACAUUUGCCAUGUUCCGCACUUGCAUUCAUCUGUGGUCCUGACCACUAGAGCUGCAGGGUGUUCUGUGCUCAGACCAUAGCCUGUAGCUGUUAACCUGUGGAGAGCUUCCUUUUGUGCCCCCAGUGGCUGUCCUUUGUAAACAUUAUCAGGAAGAUGGGGAAAUGUCAGGCAGAAUUUCUGCCCUACAAAGGAAGAAGAGAAAGGAAGACAGUGUUUUUCAUGAAUUUACCAUAUUUUGUUUUUCUUCCAAGAAAAAGUUACUUGAGGCAAUGUCAUCUGCUCAAAGUUGAGUGGUUUAUUCAAAAUAAACUAAGUUUCUGAUUAUAAAAA